AUGGCGACAAUCACAUUGACAGCCAACGAGGUGAGCGCGCAGAGGGGGGACAUUGCGACUCGCCUUCUAAAUGGCACGCUGCAUGCCGAGUACCCGGACAUCGACGAGUUCAUCACAAUUGAUCGCCUACUCAAGUCCCAUGCAUCUCAGCCGGAUGAGGCGAAACGGCCACUGAUAUGCUUCCCAGUCCGGGGACCAGACGACUUUGAAGAGCAUACGGCUAGUGACCUCGACCGUCAUACAGAUACUGCCGUUCGCUAUUACAUGCAGCAAGGGCUUCCACCCGCGGUAGAUAGAAUCCAUGACUUGUAUGUAUCGAAUUUGGCUGAUUAUGUUGCUCAGGACCCUAGUCUGGAACAAGCACCUGUUGUUGCUCUUCUUGCCGGAUCCAGUUUUGAGGCUGUACUGACCUUCUUGGCGCUAAAUCGUCUUGGAUAUGCUGUCCUCUUUCUGUCAACACGUCUCACAGCUUCCGCGCUUUCACGGCUAAUGGAUAUGGUGAAAUCAAACGAAUUGAUCAAUUCAAGCCCGUAUCAGCAGACCGUAAACGAUAUUUGCACGGAGCGUCCUGGUUGUAGAAGCUUCAAUCUACUGCAGCGAGAGCACUGGUUCAAUAAAUCCGUCCAAUUACCUCUACUUGAACGACAAGGUGUCAAUCCGUCGCGAGAGGGAAACAAGUUUUGCUGGAUACUACACUCUUCUGGCAGCACAGGCUUCCCAAAGCCGAUCUAUCUGACCAACCUCCAGACUCUGGCGAAUUUCCGCAAGAGUUUCGGCUUACGCCUCUUUACUAUCAGUCCACUCUUUCACUCUCAAGCCCUCAUGGAACUAGGACGGGCUAUGUAUACCAGGGCUCCAUCAUAUCUCGGCAACCAUUCUCUGCCAGUGACAUAUCAAAAUCUCCUCGACGCCUUGAAGGCUUCGCAACCAGAGCAAUUCACCGCUGUGCCAUAUGUCAUAAAUCUCCUAGCAGAAAAGCCCGAGGGUGUUCAGGCGCUUGCCAAACCGAAGAUUGUUUUAUAUGGUGGUUCCAGCUGCCCGGAUGACCUUGGGGAUCGCCUUGUUGCACAAGGGGUCAAUCUGGUUGGCAACUACGGUGCGACAGAAACAGGCCAGAUCAUGACUUCUUUCCGGCCUCCGGGUGAUACUGAGUGGCAGUAUAUGCGACUACAUCGCCCUAUGGCAGACCAAACUUUGAUGGAUGAAAUAUCGCCAGGGGUUUUUGAAUGCGUUGCCCUCGAUGGAAUGCCGAGUAAGGGCCCAUCAAACUCAAAGCCACCUUAUAGUGCCAAAAAUCCGGAGAACAGUUUCCGGACAGCGGAUUUGUUUACAAGACAUCCUGAUCCGAAAAAGAGCAAUUAUUACAAGUACUUGAGUCGACUGGAUGAUAGAAUUACGCUAGUCAAUGGAGAAAAGGUGCUGCCUAUUGCCAUUGAAGGCCGAAUCAGAGAGGACCCCCUUGUGGGCGAGUGUGUUGUUUUUGGGUUUCAGCGAUCAGCACCUGGGGCUUUGAUCUUUCGUGCUGCCGACAAGGCGCCAGAGUUGAGUGACGAAGAAUUCUUGGCAGCCAUCUGGCCAUCUGUUGAGGUUGCCAAUUCUCGAGCUGAGACAUUCUCUCGGAUCCCGAAGGAAUUGACCGUGGUCAAGAGUGCCGAUGUGGCGUACGCAAGAACGGACAAGGGGACGUUCAUUCGAGCCCAGGUCUACCAGCAGUUUGCCGACGAUAUCGAGCAAGUUUACGCCAAAUUCGAAAGCAGCCAACAAGGGCAAGGGACUCUAGCGUUGACUGCACCGGAAUUAGAAGAUUGGCUGCUAUCGAGAUUUCGCAAUGAUCUAGGAGUUUCCCUGGCAAGCGCUGAGAGCGACAUAUUUUCAGCUGGUGUCGACAGCUUGCAGACAAUGCAGAUGUGGAGGUAUAUUGUUCGCGACCUUGAUCUUGGAGAGCAUAGCGACCAAGUGUCGCAAAAUAUUGUCUUUGAGAAGGGGACCAUUGGGGCACUUGCGAAAUAUCUCUAUCAACUACGCACAGGCCAAGAGCUUGAAGAAGAGGAUGAGUUACAAGUCAUGAAAGAAUUGAUCGAAAAGUAUUCACAAUUCACUCAACACUACUCGACGACUACACAGAGCCCUGAGAAAGAAGUCGUGGUCGUGACCGGCGCGACAGGCAACUUGGGGGCUUUUAUCGUUGCCAAACUCCUCAAAAAACCGACCGUCUCAGAAGUAUGGACACUUGUACGCGCACCUGGACAAGCAGCAGCAGGGGCACGUUUAUACAAAGCACUGGCAGACCGAAAUAUUGCUCUAACUGACGACGAAGCUGCCAAGCUUCAAGCAAUUCCAAGUGACUUGUCACAACCCAACCUAGGUCUAGAAAACCACAUUAUUCAACACUUGUUGUCAUCCGUGACAGCAAUUAUUCACAGCGCCUGGGCAGUCAACUUCAACCUGGGUGUGAGAUCCUUUGAGCAGCAGCAUAUUCGAGGCACCUACAACCUUAUCAACUUUUGUUUGCGGUCCAACUUACCAGCUCCCGCGCGGUUCUUCUUCUGCUCCAGUAUCAGCGCCGCAAGUGGUACUCCUAAGCCAGCCGUGAUACCCGAACAAAUAAUCGAGAACUUGGGACAUGCACAAGGCAUGGGAUACGGGCGGUCGAAGCUGGUCACGGAACAUAUCACCCGUAAUGCCAUGCGUCAAACCGGGAUGCACGCGAGAGUGUUGAGGAUUGGCCAGCUUGCUGGUGAUACCGUUAGCGCACAGUGGAAUGACACCGAAGCCGUGGCACUCAUGUUUCGCAGUGCGUUGACAACAAAUGCACUCCCAGAACUGGAUGAGCGAGUGAGCUGGUUGCCUGUUGACCAGUGCGGCCAGGCAGUUGCAGACAUGGCCACGAAUGCUACCUCGGCCUCUUCAGAUGUCGAUCUUGUAUAUCAUUUAGUCAACCCACACAUGUUCAGCUGGAAACAUGACUUGCUCCCGGCUCUUAGAAGGGGCUCGGCCUUGCCAGAGUUUGACAUUGUACCACCGCAAAAGUGGCUUGAAAGACUGGCAAACAGUGAUCAGAAUCCGGAGAAGAACCCGAGCAUCAAGCUUAUCGAUUUCUGGCGAUCAAAGUACGCUAGUUAUGGUAAGGAGAAGGUCGAGGCCUCGGCAGAACCAGAGAAACGAGAGCCUGCUGCUGGUCUGGCCUUUAAGACGGAACGCACAACCCAAGACUGUCCCUCACUGGCUCUGGUAGAGAAUCCCGUUGACCAGGGAUUGGCUCAACGGUAUAUUGAGUCUUGGAUGCAGCACGCCAUGGCUGAACACGACCAUCCACCGCGCGAGAGCACCGAUGGCUCGAUUCACCAGAUAUCCGAUCUGGUGCCAGCAGAUGGCUCGUCAUUCCGACCGCCGAACGCUGGCCAACAAAUGACAAACCCCAAUGUGUUCUCAGACGAUUAUUCAAUCGACUACUCCCCAGACUCGCCUCUCUUCUCCCACCGACGCUCUCUCUCCCUACGUUCCACCAACUCUUCCUCGACCAUAGGCCCCAGGCGAUCUGAUGGAGCCACUGCGACUUCCGACUACAACAUGCAGCUGAUGCUGUUAGAACAACAGAACAAACGACGUCUGUUGAUGGCCCGCCAGCAACUUGGCCAAUCCACGAGUCGCCUUUCACUGGCUCAAUCUCAUGUCUCAACACCUGGAGACGAAAUCACCCCAGAUCCAUUUGCCGAUCAGCCGACUUCGUCGCAUUCGCAGAACGACAUCGAUCGUCGCUCAAGCAUUCGGAAAGAUGUCACGGCUUUCCAUCGUCGAUCCGCGCUUUCGACCACGUCCACAAGGUCGGGAUAUCACGACAUUCCUAGAGAAAUGAGUCCGUAUCAAGGUGCAACUGGACCCAGCCACCCAUACGGAAUGUAUCCUCAGAUUGGGGUGAGUCGUUCGGCAAGUGUCGCGACGGCAUCAACAACGAGACCGGAUGCUCCCUUGCAAGGCCCGACUGCUCCGUCCCAUCCUUACGGCAUGUAUCCUCAGAACAUAGAUUACGAAGAGGAUAUUGGUGACCGACCAAUCCCCAUGGGAUUUCCCGCCAAUGGUAUGCAAAAUUCGCAGGAGUCAACUCACGCAGAUGAAGUGGGUGAUAUUGUCGGACCAGAUGGUCAUUUAGAACAGCUACCUCCAUACACACGCUAUCCGGACGGUAUAGUCAGAAGGGCGGGGCGGGGUCCUGCCAGUAUUGCAAGUGCCAUGCGAGAGCCGAGACAGAGUUACCACGACGAACCUGUGUCGCGUUCGGAUGUGUCCUCCCGGACGCUGGUCAAUGCCGAAUCGUCAGAGCCACUCCGUCCAUCUAUCGAGCGAUCCAGUCGUUCAUCCACCGUGAUACCAUUUGAUGAAAAAUUACGCCAAAGAGGUCAACGCAGAUGCUGUGGUGCUCCACUCUGGCUUCUGGCUAUAUUAGGUCUAGGAGUUCUGAUUGGUGGUUUAAUCGGCGGUGUUAUUGGGGGUGUUUUAGGCGAACGCGCUGCUGAGCGGCGAUCACGAGAAGCUGCGGCUGCCAGGCAUUCAGCAACAGCAAUAUCAAAGCCACCUCCGAGUCCUGCUGUUGUGACCAUUACUGAAACCACCGAUGUAUCCCCAUACUCAGUCACUCCCACGGGAAUCCCCAGCUUACCCACGGGCAAGUAUCAAAUUCCUUGGACGGUAAAGAAUACAUCGAAAUUUUGUAUUGGCAGCUCCAACGAAUUGCAGGCCUGGAGCUGUCAUGUUUUCGAUCCGCUUGCUAUCCAAGUUAUGGGAUCGAUUGAGCAGGGCUCCAUGUCGAUUGACUCGCCGUCGUUCGACAACAGCCACUUUUCUUACGGAGCUCAACUGCCAUUCGACAUCAGCCCGCCACAACAAGAGCUCCGGAUGAUGAAGGACAAAGACGACGUUGGUUUCGGACCUGCCUUGUAUUUCACCACCCUGUUCAAUAAACUUGUCAUUGUCGAAGAACAGCAGAUCUCAAUGUCGAAGCGGUCCGUUGAUGACGAUUUUCUCAACAAUGGAUGGAUCCAACAAUCGAACAGCGCUUCUCCGGGGGACAAGCCGUGGUACUGUUGGUGGAAUCAGACCCAAAUUGAAAUUUUUAUUUACGUCAACGAGACCCAGGGUGAAGGCACCACAUCGCCUGCUGCUCCCGGAGCCGUAACCACCACCGCACCACAGUCAACAACCACGUCAGGACCCCAGAAGCGAAGUUUAUUUGGUCGGAAGAACGUGAUUCCAGAAAACUACCCGAGGAGGACCAAAAUCAAGGAGAACCGGGUCAUUCCAGAUGCACCGCAGGCCUAUUGUCAACAAAUGCAAGUCAACCCAGACAACUCGAUCACUCCUAUCCCCAAUAACCUCGUUGAAAUCAACGAGAGCAAAUCCAAUGCCGGGUCUUCUAAGAGAGACAAGCUCUACGCGCGUGGAGAUUAUCAAACUAUGAUGCAUCCGAUUCUUGGCCUCUCCCGGUUGGGCUUGGCUACUUCUUCUUCUACUACUGCUGUUGCUGCUACUGCUGGCCGUCGAAUCUCAAGUCUAACGAGAUUGAACCCCCUCCUCUCUACGGUACGUGUGGACCGUUAUGGAGGGGGAAUUUCGCAGACACGUCCAAUAUCGUUUGGCCGUGAUGGUAACUACAAAGAGAAGAAGCAUGGAAAUGACGAUUUGCCUGCUUCUGCCCAGACUCGUGAGCUGGAGCAUCCCGGCCCCCCACCGCCAAAUACCAGCGAAAUAUCACCAAACACGGGCGCCACCCUGCGAAGCGAACAGCAGGUCGAUCCGGAUCUAGUCCGGCGUGCGGAGCGUACGCACCGGCAUCAGGAACAGCAAAAGCAGCAGCAGCAGCAGCAGCAGCAUCAGCAGCAAGAAAGUGAGAAAGAAAGAGCCAGACAGGAUGUGUCUACGGGGGCAAGACCGACGAUGAAAGGUGGGUAUGUGAAAGAUAGUAUGCCGGAGGGAGUCAGGCGACAUAAUGAGGAGAUGGCAAGGAGAUAUGAUCGUGCGUAUAAUCAGAUUGGGGAUGAGAGUGGUGUGAGUAAAGGGUUUUGGCAGAAGGAUGAAGAGUUGGCUGGAGAGAGAGGUUGA